CAUUGUUGUAAACUGUAUCUCUUGGGCGACAUGAACUUCUUGCACAAAGGCGUAUCAAUGAUGGCAGCUUCGGCAGGACUAUCGCAACGAAACGGCCCCCAUAGCCGAAGUUGUCACGGAGGGACAACCCAACUUCCCAACGCUCCCGAAACUUAG